CCGCUCACGCUCCUUUGACGCUCUCUCUCUCUCUCUCAUUUCUCACUCUCUCUGUCCAAAGCUCAGCUUAUUCCGCUCUUCUCUGUAUUUCUGCUGAGAGCUCUUCACCCCGCCAUUGGAGGUCGUGGAGCUCUCGUCAGAGCCCUUCAAUGGAAAUGAUAUUUGAUCUACUGUAAUCUAGCGGUCUUCAAGGCAGGCAAAAAUGACCAGGGAUAACAUUAAUUUCCAAAUUGAAGAGUGUUCUGGCAGAAUCACGAGGGCGCGAGCAAAAGAGCUGAGCGACACUGGAGGCAUUCUAUGCUCCUCAAAAUCUUCUGGAGAUCAGAAGCACAUUCUACGAGUUAACUCGAAAAGAAUGGCAUCUGAUGACAUUAAAAUUUCUUCAACUUCCUCCAAUGGCCUUCCUAAUAAGAGAAGAGCAGUUCUCAAGGACGUGACUAACAUUUCCAGAAAAGGUUAUGAAAAGAAUUGCAUUAACGCUUCUAAUAUUCAGGGUGCCAAACCAACUAGAAGAGUUUCUGCAAAAGCUAAGGGAAAUGUGCCCUUAAAUGUUUCUGUAGAAAUUCUAGGAGCGGAAGAAGAUGCAAACACAAGACUAGCUGAAGAUUUAUCUAAAAUAAGGGUUGUAGAAUCGCGAGAGACCUCUUUACGAGAAACUAUGGACGAAAAAGAGAGACUAAUGCAAAAUACGUGUCUCACAAGCAGAGAAUGUGGAGUUUCAGAUAUGAUGCUCUCUGUUUCUUCAGAAGAAUCAAUCCCGCGGCCAAAUGAAAAACAUACGGUACCUGAACAAUCGGGAGCAUCAAAUGAUAGAGGUAUUAUAGACAUCGAUUCAAACUCAAAAUGUCUUCAAUCAUGCAGCAUAUAUGCCCCAGACAUAUAUGACAGGAUACGUGUGACGGAGCUUGAUCAAAGGCCCUCAACUAUCUAUAUGGAACAGUUGCAGCGAGAUAUCACUGCAAACAUGCGAGGAAUACUGGUUGAUUGGCUUGUAGAGGUUUCUGAAGAAUAUAAGCUGGUUCCAGAUACACUAUAUCUCACUGUGAAUGUUAUCGAUCGGUUUCUCUCUCAAAACUAUAUUGAAAAAAAGCGUCUACAACUCCUCGGUGUUUCAAGCAUGCUAAUUGCAUCAAAAUACGAGGAGAUCUGUGCACCGCGAGUGGAAGAUUUCUGCUUCAUUACAGACAAUACUUACACAAAAGGAGAGGUAGUAGAAAUGGAGAGCGAAGUUCUGAAUUUACUGCACUUCCGGCUAUCUGUUCCCACUACAAAGACAUUUCUAAGGAGAUUCAUACAAUCAGCUCAUGCUUCUUACAAGGUUCCUUGCAUUGAACUUGAGUUUUUGGCCAAUUAUUUAGCUGAGUUGACUCUUGUUGAAUACAGCUUCCUAAAGUUCCUUCCUUCUCUGAUAGCCGCAUCAGCCGUAUUUCUUGCGAGAUGGACACUUGACCAAUCGGAUCAUCCGUGGAACCCAACUCUGGAGCACUAUACCAGUUACAGCGUUUCUGAACUGAAAACUCCAGUGCUUGCCCUUCAAGAAUUGCAACUUAACACCAGCGGUUCUUCCCUAAAUGUCAUACGUGAGAAGUACAAACAAACAAAGUUCAAAUGCGUAGCGACAUUAACAUCCACUAGAUCGAUUCUAUCACUGUUCUGAAGAACAAGAGCUACCCAUUCCAGGCAAAAUGGUUACCUUGGAGGAUGCCUGUAUUUUCAGGUGAUCUGCCAUUCUCCUUCUAACCUCCCCCAACUGUGAUGGAGCUAAAAGAACAGCCAAUCCCUUUUGAACUCAAUGCUUUGAACAGCAACUCUCUGUUACUGGUACUUCUCUAGAUCAUAGAUGUGGCCGUCUGUGUAAUCUUAUGGUUUCUGUGAUAGGCCAUGACUUGUACAUUAAUAUUCGCUUAGCUGAAAUGAAAAUACUGCUAUUUUUCGUUC